AUUUUUUUUUUUUGACAUGUCACUAUUUAUUGAAUCCGAUAAAACACUUCAUCUUCAUUAUUUUUAUUGAAGUCUCUGAAAUUACCGUUAUUCUACAUUUAAGAAUGACAAGAUUUACUAAAUUAUAUUAUAUCAUAUCAUUCGUGUGUAAAUGCCCAUAUAGUCUAUGAAAUAAUAUGUUCAAAUAAUAGAAAAAUUAUCAGAUCACAAUGAUCCAAAUAACAAACCACUAUUUUAAAGGAAUAUAUAAAUAUGGAAAGUUAUAAAUUUUAAAAUUAUAAGUAACCCGUAAAAUUGUAGGACAAAACAGUUGAGUUUAAUAAAUAAAAUUACAUAAAGUUAACGAAUUUUUAAAAAUAAAUAUAAAAAACAAUACAAAAUAUAAACCGUUUGUAGCGCGGUUAAAGAAUCUAGUUUAGUUAAGAGAUUAAGAAGAGUAAAAAAGAUUGUGCGCUUCUUCCUUCCCUCCACAUCAGUUAUCUAAACCAAACGCAACUCAUUCCCUCGUUUUCUCCUCGUCUCCCACCGUCUCUUUACUUUUCUUUUCCUCUCCUCUUCCUCUCCCGCUUUUUUUUUUCUCGUCUCGCCGAUCUCCUCCUCACAUUCCCUUCCCGCAGAUCUGCCUCCGUUUAGGAUCUCCGCUUCCCCGGAGAUCUCAAUUUCUGGAGAGAUUCUCUAUUCCCGAGAUUGCCGUUUCGUUUGCGCGGUGCGGAUUCUCGAGAUUCGCUCCCAUGUCGGACUCUCACCAACGACCCGAGCAUAAUCCGCCGUCUAAGCGGCAGCAUCAUCCUUCUGCGGCUUCUAUGAAGCCUCCGUUAGUUGCUCCCGGCGAGUAUCACCGAUUCGACGCGGCGGAGACGCACGGUGGCGGAGGUCUUGAUCAGGUUUCCGAGGAAAUUGUGAUUAAAUCUUCCCUGAAGCGGAAGACAGAUAUCGUAAACCGGAUAGAUGAGCCUAGUGAAUUGAAUACUGGUCUUCUCCAAACACCUGUGCCAGCGAAAGGAGGGAAGGCCAAGAAAUCAUCUAGAUCAGUGAAGGCUAAUGCAGGUUCUCCUGGAAAUAACUUGGCCCAGGCUGGUGCUUGUCGAUAUGAUAGCUCGCUAGCUCUUUUGACAAAGAAAUUUAUCAAUCUGAUAAAACAAGCAGAGGAUGGUAUUCUUGAUCUGAAUAAAGCAGCUGAUACUUUAGAGGUACAAAAGAGGCGGAUAUACGAUAUAACCAAUGUGUUAGAAGGAAUAGGUCUUAUAGAGAAGACGCUCAAGAACAGGAUUAAGUGGAAGGGCCUCGAUGUCUCAAACCCAGGCGAAACAAUGGAAAACAUAGCUAACCUACAGGAUGAAAUACAAAACCUUUCAUUUGAGGAGGCAAAAUUGGAUGACCAGAUCAGAGAAUCACAAGAAAGAUUAACAAGCUUGAGCGAGGAUGAAAACAAUAAAAGGCUUCUAUUUGUUGCUGAAGACGACAUUAAGAACCUACCAUGCUUCCAGAAUAGUACGCUGAUCGCUGUAAAGGCACCGCAUGGAACAACUCUUGAGGUGCCAGAUCCUGAUGAGGCUGGCGGUUAUCCUCAGCGGAGAUAUAGAAUAAUUUUGAGAAGCACUAUGGGACCAAUAGACGUAUAUCUCGUCAGUCAAUUCGAAGAGACAUUUGAGGACAUUCCUAAUGCUGAUGAACCUUCAAAUAUUCCAUCAACGUCUGGUCUCCCUGAUAACCAAGAUGUUUCCAUGCCAAUGAAAGAGGACAUCACCGUCAAAAACAUGGAAACACAGGAAGUUGAUGAUACACAAAGAGCUUCCUCCGAAAUCGAAUCUCAUGACUUUGUUGAUGGUAUCAUGAAGAUUGUUCCUCCAGAUUUGGAUAUGGAUGUAGAUUACUGGCUUCGGUCAGAGGUAGGCGAAGUCAGCAUCACAGACAUGUGGCCAAACGAAUCUGAACCGACCUGGAACCAGAUGGUUUCAUUUGAUCAAGGCGCUGGACCGAGCAACACAACCAUGGAACAGUCACAAACUACAUCGAGCCCAAAACCAGAACAAUCCACUGCUAAGAGAUCGACAAGUAGCUGAAGUUACCUUGCUACACUACAAACACCACCGCAUAUCUGUAUAUCCAUAGUUAUGUUGUACUUGUAUAGUAGCUGCAUGCGUUAUCAUAGCAAUUAGCAUUGCAAAAUAAAACUUGAGAAAGCAACCCUCUGUUGUUGUUUUUCUUCAUUUUUAGCGUAUCGACAUUUGUAGAAUAGCCUUUAACCCAUUUGAUUUCUUAAGAUUCAUUCUCAAGUGAAAAUGCCAAACGUUUUAAUAGGAUUUUAAUCAGGUGCUUAAAAA